AUGUUUGAUGUUCGACGGCGUCAAUACGGUCGACAAAACAUGCGGGCUCCCAAAUGGCAAAACCUUCGUGACUCGUUCCUGGGCAUUUUGGUGCGCAAUAUGAAGUUUGAGUUCGAGGCGACAACUGUUGGAACCCGCCUUCGCCUCGAAGGCCCAGUCAUUGAUUGGGCAAAGGGCUUAGGCGAGCGUAACGUAGCUCGAAUGGAACUCUACCGCGGACACAGAUGCCCCCGCAGACGCCCCACCCUACCAGUGCUUGUUGUAACAUUAGUGAAUGGAUCUUUAUACCUCAUACAGCGAACCGCAAGACACAGCCCGAGUACCAACAAUGAUCACCCGACAACCACUAUUGAGGGAGCCACAACUUUAAACUUUAGCUCUCGACCGAUUAUCGUUGUAACGUUCAAACGCGAUGUGCACCUUGACCUAUGCUCCAUACUCUACGCUUGUUGUAAUGUUCCAAAGUUGCCGAACAGCAAACCUAAAUUCGAUAGUCGUUCUUUCGGACUUACAGUCUUAUUAAAUAUUACUAGAUACGUCCUGGAUCGGAGGAUCUCCCUCUCCUCUGGAUCGUCAUUGCAGGCAAAGUCUCUAUUGGGUCAUCUCUGGAAGGAUGCCUAUCAGGUGGCACAACGCGACGACUACGAUUUCUGGGACAAAUCGCUUGUUGACCGAACCAAAAACAUAGUCCGGGAACUUAUAUACACGAUGGCAUAUAACGCUUUAAAGAAAAAACUCAAUUGGACAGGGGAAGAUUUUAUGAAGGAAGCAUAUUCUACAGUUGCUCACGUGGAGGUUACGGAAUCGGCGGAGAAUUCCCCGUCUGAUAAGGCAUGGGAUCAAGCUUGGAACAAGCAUACAAAACUCACCUGGCGUUUCUUGAUACGUUGGCUUGUAGUCGGAAAUAGCUUGCGACGGCUCUCCUCUCAGACGGAUGAACGAGAUCUUCCGCGUCGAUGUAAACUCACAGGGUUCGCUACUGAUACAAAACUUGUCCAUUUUGGUUUGGUUGGGCGCGACUGGAAUAAAAUAACUCCCGGCUUAAAAUGUUCAAGGGGCCCACAAACUGGAGCUGAUUGCGAUUGCCAUGCUUGGAUUUCAGACUGGCAAAUUGCGAAUCACCUUGCCUGGAACGAGAUUUGGCCCAAAGCCUUCCAGGCAGGAAUGGAUGCGGUAGAGGGCUCCAUACGAGAUUUUCGGGGUCAACAAAGGCCGGUCUAUGCCAAUACUUCUGCAGCCACCGAUGGCACUCCCGAACACGCCCCACAUGUCACCCAGGUGAUAAUAAACCCACAGCCUCGCCAACCACAAGGGAAUGCAGGUCACAACCGGACUCAUCCUAGAGCAUACCCUAAAUCAAGUCAGGAGCAGGCAGUCGAAGGCGUGACCAGGUUUAUCAAAUGGCUAUGGGCCCGAUUAGAGAAAUCCAUUGAAAAAGAAGAGACAGCAGCCCAAGAAGUAUCACAAUCGGCAUUGAUGGACAAUAAUUCGGCUCCUAACGAACUUAUUUAUCAUCUAUUGAAGGCAGAUGCUCGAAAAAAUGCUAACGAAGCCUUGAACAAAGCCAGGCAUACGGAAAAUAGUCUCAACAGAAAAUCCGAAUACAAAGAUGACGCAUGGAAACGGGCACGUCAAGUUAUACAUAGACAAAAUGGCGACAUUGUUCAAAAAGAAUGGCGGAGGCUUACUAUCCCACGUAUCCUUGGACAAUCUUCAGAACAGGGAUGGAUAGCAAAACUGUGGAAGAAAACUCUUGAAGAUAUACACAAAGAAACUUGGUCAAAUUCGUGGGGGGAAAUAUGGGCUGAUGCAUGGGACGACGCAUAUCGAUCUGCCAGGACCAAAGGAAUAGAAUUCGGCGUGAAAGUCGCGUUGGCAAAAUCUCAGGGUGUAUGCACUCAUGGCCAACUGGUCGGGCAACUUAUGAGUAAAGAGUCCUAUCAGGGUAUCCAGAGAAAUGCCGAGAACGAAGAUCUGGAAGUCGGCGGCAUUCUGGAUUAUGUUCAUUCGCUUUUCAAAGACCUAAGUUACACUUCCAAUUUGGCUUCGAUUCACAACACCUACAAUAGCGACGUAGCGAUACGGGCGUUAGUCCCAAAUAAAGAUCAAAACCUGAACGAUAUAUCCCGUAUACUCCCCAAACAGCCAGUAUCGCGAGAAUUAUCAUACCUAGAGUUAAGGCACUUUAUCAUGGACGAAUAUUUUAAAGAAGAGCUGUGGAAGCAUCGUACUUCAUUUCAGUUUGGUGUUUCACAUGCAUGGCAGUCAUUCUUAAAACUUCAAUCUGACGAGGCCGGUAGGCCUUGA